CACAACUGUUCCUGUAUUUCACUGUCUGUUUUAUUUUAAGCAAAUAUGCCACAAAGUUAUCUAAUAUAGCAAAUAAACCCGAUGAAAGUUCACACACACAUUUAUAUUUAUAAUUUACAAAUUUCUGUAUAGUUCUGAGCGAGGGUGGCCGCCGGUCUGGUGGUUGGUGCUCCUGCAUAUUAUUACACUAAAAGCUAAGCUAAAGUUAGCUACCUAGCAAAAAAAAUAAUAAGGUAUAUAUGUACUCUGAAGCCGUAACUAGAUUUUGUGGCUACAGCCGUUAAAAAUGAACUGGGUCGGAGGUUCAAGGAAUCGGUUAGUGAUGAGGAAUGACAGCAAAAAGCAGAGGGAAUUCUUUGAAAAGAGAAAAAUGCAACAAAAACUGAAAAACAUGGGAAUAUCUCUCCCAUCCCCCUCCCCUGGCGACGCUGGUUCUGGCAAUGUGGACAUAAUGACUUUGUUUAUCGUCAAUCAGAUUGCUGCUAAAAAAGGAUGUAAAGAUCCUCCUAAAGUAGCAGUUCUCAGCAGUUGUAAAGGGGGAGUCAGGCGUAAGAGAAAAGAGCCCCUGGUGCUCCCAAUGAGCCCCUGUUCCCCAUCGCAGCUGUGUCUUGUUGAGGGCCAGCCUGAGUACAGUGUUCAAGGAAGCAGAAAAAGAAAGAAUGUAAUUCCACAAGGGUUCAAGUGUCAGCAGUUGUCACCACUACUUGAGUCAGGUUUCUCAGACAACAGUGCGUCUGACUACCAGCCUGCUGUGCCUGAUUUGCCCAGCCCCUUCUCCUCCACCUCAUCAGCCUCUUUGGGCCAAGGAAUUUUCCCGCUGCAGCUGAAUCUCCAGAAGCAAAGCCAGACACCACAUCACCCCUCUCCUGCACCCUGGGACACCUCAGUUCUGUUACAGACCAAGGCAUUUUAUCCUUUCUCUCAGCCCAGAUGUAUGACAAACACUUCUCCGUGGUCCUGCAAAGCUAACGAAACCUUCUUCCAACUGGAGACCCCCACAGCAUCCCAAGUCUUCUUUAGCAGUCCAGAACAAGGCAAAACCAAGACAGGAGACUGUGUGAGAUAUGAGGAGACCUUCUCUCUCAACCAACCAAAGGACAAAGAGUCUAUGCUGGACUUCAUGCUCAACCAGUCAGAAACUCAGCAGCAGUUUGAGGAAGAUGUCUUUAGAGGCUUUAGCAAUGAAGAAUGUGAAAGAGAAAGCCAGUCUCAUUCUGAGAGUGCAAAAUCAAAAAUAUAUCUCACAGAUCAAACAUCAGUAAAAUCUUCAACACCACAAACUGUGCCUGACUCAGAGUGCAUGGGAGCAGAGCUCUCCAACUACAGUGACACAAGCUUUUCAUGCCCCGGACAUGACACCGGGCCGCUGAAUGACUCUGAAUAUUCGCCUUGUUACUCUUGUAGAGGAGAUUACCUCAGUUCAGACUCAGAUGAUGAUGAAGACUGCUGUCAGCCAUGUCUCCCAGCAUCUGCUUCUUACACAGAUCCAGCAUUUAGUGCAAAUACCCUCAAUGUGUCACAAGGGAAUCUAAAACAAAGAUUCUCUGAGCUCAACCCUCACACCCCACAAACAAGAGUCGAAAUGGACCUCAGAGAUUACCUAAAAGUUACUGAGAAAAUGACUACCCCAGAUAAGGCCUGUGGAAGUAAAGGGCGAGAGAAAAAAAGCAGCACAGCUGCUCCUCACCCUCCAGCUCAAACUCAGAGCUCAGAUGUCUGCAAAUGCAAGAAAACCUCAAGUGAAACUCGAGAUGCAGGAAUUCAAACCGUAUACACUCCCCGAGCUGAAGCGUGCGAUGCUUCGACUCAGUGCAGCUUUGUUUCAGACAGUGCUCUCGGGUUCAGCUUGAAUCUGCCGAACGCUGACAUGUCGGAGCAGCUUCCAGCCACAGGGAGGCAGGCCGAUACCGCCACAGAGCCAGAUGCACUCACAGCUUCAACAGAAAACUCCAGGAGUGAAGAGAAGCAGACACCUUGGAACAAGAAGAAAUCAAAGGAGGAUUCCCUGUCAGGCAGGAGCAUGAUCCCUGCUAAUAACUGUGACAAAGUGAUGCUACAGAGACCAACAAACUGCUUUUUAAAUGCUGAGAGCACAGGUCAGGAGAAUAAAGAGGGCAGAGAUGAGAGAGAACAACACGAGAGCUGCCCUCCGAUGAGAAACUUUUCAGAUCAAAGAAGGGGAGAGGGCGCAUCUGCCACCAGAGUUAACAUGCUCUCAGAGGAGGCUGAAACGCUUCAAGAGAUAGCCGACAUCUUGCUCCUCCUGAAGCAGAGGAAAAUUCAAGGCUGAUAAGAACUGAUGGAUGAAGACAAUAAGAAAGAAAGUCUGUUCUGUGCAUGUUGUUUUAAUUCAAAGCACUAGCUUAAAGCAAUAAAACCACAUUAAAAAUAGUCAUAGUUUUGUUCUUCAUGCUGUGAUAAAGUGAAA